AUGCAGAUCUUUGUGAAAACUUUAACAGGAAAAACCAUCACCUUGGACGUCGAGUCAUCCGACACAAUUGAGAAUGUAAAAGCGAAAAUACAGGACAAAGAGGGAAUCCCCCCUGAUCAGCAGAGACUCAUUUUUGCCGGCAAACAAUUAGAAGACGGAAGAACGCUCUCGGAUUACAACAUCCAGAAGGAAUCCACCUUGCACUUGGUCCUGCGUUUACGAGGUGGUAUGCAAAUUUUUGUCAAGACGCUAACAGGAAAGACUAUCACUCUUGAUGUAGAAUCAUCCGACACGAUUGAAAAUGUCAAGGCGAAAAUUCAGGACAAAGAGGGAAUCCCUCCCGACCAGCAGAGACUCAUUUUUGCCGGCAAGCAAUUGGAAGACGGAAGAACGCUCUCGGAUUACAACAUCCAGAAAGAAUCCACUUUACACUUAGUGCUACGUCUUCGAGGUGGUAUGCAAAUUUUUGUGAAGACGCUAACGGGGAAGACCAUCACCCUGGACGUGGAAUCAUCCGACACGAUCGAGAAUGUGAAGGCGAAAAUACAGGACAAGGAAGGUAUUCCCCCUGAUCAGCAGAGACUCAUUUUUGCGGGAAAACAAUUAGAGGACGGACGAACUCUCGCCGAUUAUAACAUCCAGAAGGAAUCCACCUUACACUUGGUCCUGCGUUUACGAGGUGGUAUGCAAAUUUUUGUCAAGACACUAACAGGAAAGACUAUUACCCUUGACGUGGAGUCAUCCGAUACAAUCGAGAAUGUGAAGGCCAAAAUUCAGGACAAAGAGGGAAUUCCUCCCGACCAGCAGAGACUUAUAUUUGCCGGCAAACAACUGGAAGACGGAAGAACCCUGUCCGACUACAACAUCCAGAAGGAAUCUACUUUACACUUAGUACUACGUCUGAGAGGUGGUUUUUAA